AUGGAUUUCCGUUCCCCGGCGGCCAACCGAGCCUUUGAGGCUGACCGCUCGUUUGGGCCCCAGCUGGAGGCCGAGUUCGACUUCACCUUGUUCUUCGAGCAGACCAUUCUGUCCAUCCUCCCGUCGGCCCUGUUCAUCGCCUCGUGUCCUCCGUACCUUUUCCAUCUUCUGCGCCGGCGGCCUCGUCGCCGCCACCGUGCUUGGCUAUGCCGGCAUAGCCGUGAGUUCUCGCGCGAACCGCCGACGCAUCCUGCCGUUUGCGUAGCCUCUGACGCGCGCGUGCCCACCAAGAUUUCGAACGCCUACUACCAGCACCUAACCUAUCGCAUAAUCACCCUCCUCCGCGGAGUCCUGGUCUCGGUCAUUUUCAAGAAGAGUCUCGACCUCGGCGGCGAGACGGACGAAUCCGCCAACGUGACGCUGAUGAGCACCGACAUCGACGGCGUCGAAAGCGGCCUCGCCGUCUUUCACGACAUCUGGGCGAGCGACCUGGAGCUCGCCCUCGGCAUAUACUUCCUCGCCGCCCUUGUCGGUCGAUCCUCCUUCCUCGUCGUCCUGCCGGGACUGAUGUGUUUUGCUCACCCGUGCCAGGGCCAAGCCACGCCGACACCCUGCAUCACCGUCUCCGCUGCUUCUGCAUCACAGCAACCCUCCGAUCGGGCAGCAAAGAUUUUUUCGAAGCUGAAGGCGCUAUCCGUCAUCCAGCACACCGGUCCCGUUCGGUCGUUUGGUCGCUGGGACGCCGUUGGGGAGAAGAAACGAUUGCCUUGUUCUCUCUGCGGCGUCAACUCUGACGUGAACCAGUCCCUCCUCCUCCUCACCUUUGUCUUCGUCUUCCUCCUCUUCGUCGUAUUAUUAUUAUUAUUCUUCUUCUUCUUCUUCCUCCUCCUGCUGCUGCUCCUCCUCCUCCUCCUGCUGCUACUGCUCUUCCUCUUCCUCUUCCUCCUCCUCCUCCUCCUCCUCCUCCUCCUCCUCCUCCUCCUCCCUCCUCCUCCUCCCCUCUCCCCGUCCCUCCCUCACCUGCAUCUAGGUGCCAGCCUGCCCUCGACGGAUAUGGCGAUGGAGACGGAAAGCGAGGCGCUGAUGGACGUCGCCGUUGCCUUUGCUCAGCGACCGUCAACGUUGGCCCUCGUCGCCACGGUGCUCGUCCUCGUCCUCGCAGCAAGGCUCUUGCCGGCAUCGUCGUCGACCAAGGAUGCGGACCGACGGCGACAGGCGCCGCCCGAGGUGCCUUUUUGGCUGCCCUUUGUCGGCCACGCGCCGCAGAUGCUCGUCAACACCGACGGCUUCCUCGCUCGGCUCCGCGACCGGUACUACCCCGACGGCGUCUUCUCGCUGCGCCUCUUCGGCCGGCUGCACCACUUCGUCUACCGGCCGGGGCUCGCCAACGCCAUGCUCAACCGACCGCGCUCGGCGGCCGAGGGCCUCACCGGCAACCUGCUGCGCUCCGUCUUCGGCUUCAGCGCCGAGGACGAAGGCCGGUACGCCGCCGUCGCCGACGAGGCGAGGGCCCAGCUGAAGCACCUCCUCUCGGAGCCGGGCCUCGGCGAGCUCGUCGACGGCACCGUCGGCCACGUGCGGCGGCACAUCGCCGACCUCGUCACCUUCAACAGCUACCUGUCGGACCAGAUGGACUGGGAGCGACGGGCCGAGGCCGAGGUCGUCGAGGGCGCCGCGGGCGAGAGCUACGUCGAGGCGGACCUGAUGGAGCUGACGAGGAACUUUGUCGCCAAGACGGCCAACUGCGCGCUCUACGGCACCGACUUUGUCGAGAACUUCCCCGACAUCUGGCAGCAGAUGUGGACCUUUGACCGCGCCUUUGUCCUGCUCGGCGCCCGCGUGCCCGGCUGGCUGCCGAUCCCGACGGUCCUGCGGGGCAAGCGUGCGCGGAGCCAGAUGCUCGCGGCCGCCUACGAGUUCAACGUGGCCUUUGAGAAGCACGUCGCCGGAGAGGAGCCGGGCGUGCGGUGGCAGGACCUCGACAACGUGAGCCGCGUGGUCAAGGCGCGGUACGAGACGUACCGCAAGCAUGGCCUAUCCCUCGACGCCCGCGCCGGAUGCGACGUCGCCUUCCUCUGGGGCAUGAACGCCAACGCGAACCAGCUCGUGCCGUGGAUGCUGUUCGAGCUCUACCGGGACCCCGUGCUGCUCGCCGACGUGCGGCGAGAGAUUGCGCCGCACGUGGUCGUCUCGCAGCCCGAGAACGACUUUGGCCCGGCCGUUUGGCUGCCGCCGACGCUCGACGAGGUCGACGUCGACGGCCUGCUCGGCCGGUGCCCGCUCCUCAAGGCCGCCUACAUCGAGACGCUCCGGCUCUACACGGGGCCCUGGACGAUGCGCUGGCUCGCCGAGGACGUCGUGCUCGACGACAAGAGCAAGAAGGAGGCGCCUUACCUGCUGCGCAAGGGCACCUACGCCCACGUGCCGCAGGAGCUGCACCAGUACGACCCCGAAUACUUUCCCGACCCGCACGAGUGGCACCACGAGCGACACCUGAAGGAGGUGGUGGACGACGAGGGCAACAAGACGGUCGUCGCCGACAUGGCGACGAUGCGACCGUACGGCGGAGGACCGAGCAUGUGCAAGGGGCGGGCGUUUGCCCUGCGCGAGCUGCUCCUCUACUCGGCCGUCAUCAUCUCCUUUUACGACAUGCAGCCGCCCUCUGGCCAGGGCUGGGAGGUACCCCGGACGUACAGGCACGCGGCGACGAGGCAUCCGAAGAAGCCCAUCAGGGUCUGGAUCAAGCGGAGGCCGCAGCGGUCAAGGGAAGAGCAGGGUCGUUGUUGA